GAAGAAAACGUCGUCGUCGUCGUCGUAUUCGUCGUCCGCAGUUUUCCUCGGCAUGCAAAUAAGUGUGGACGGUAAAUUUGUUUUCUGAUGAAGGAAAAAUUACAGAACAGGAGAGGACAAAUAAAAGAAAAUACAAAAAAAAAAUUGUGUGCGUUCGAAGGAAGGAAAGGAGAAGUAAAUUUUUUUUUUUCGAAGGAAAUGAUCGCCGUUUAUGAAGAAGGAAGAUUAUUGAUAAGGAAUCGACAAGGAUAUGUGGAAUCAAUUAUAAGACCGGGUUUAAUUUUAUUUGAUAAUAAUGAUCGAUGAAGAAAAUUAAGAAAAAAAUUUAUAGUGAAGAUCUACAAAAAGAAGGAUACAUUUCUAACGGGGGAAGGAGAAAAAAACGAGAACAUGCGUUGUAUAGGAUUAUCAUCGUAGUGCGACUUUGAGUGUUAUGUGUCAUUUAUCCGUCUAUCAUCUUCUAUUCCUAUAUUUCUCUCUCUCUCUCUCUCUCUCUCUCUCUGUCUCUCUUUGUCUCUCUCUUUCUCUUUCUCAUUCUGCCGUGAUUGCCAAGAGCAAGGAACAAUAAGGAUAGGCCGCUAAACCUACGGAGAAUCACUACGAGUCUGCCAAAAAUAACAAACUGAUUUAACUGACUUGCCAAAUUUGAAGGAACAUUCUUCGCCGAGAUACGUAUCGGAGGUGUUGUCUCUCAAUAUAAUCGUUUUCUUAUCUAUCUAGAACAAUUUUUUUUAAGAGCCAACCAUUAAUGAUAUAUCAAACAUUUUGAUAACGAAGACGAUCGAUCGGUUGAAAAAGGCAAAGGGAAAAAAGGAUGUGCGAUUUAUCGACGAAAAGUAUCAAGCAAAAGUUGGAAAACUGGAGAAGUUCGUCGUCGGUGACUUGACGAUUUUAAUUAAUCGAAGUCGUCCCAUCUUUUUUAAAUCUCUUGGGAGAAUAUUAUCAGCUUUCAUGCCGGCCGUUCUCCUUAAUAGGGCAUACUUUGUCUGUAAUGAUGACUACAUUGUGAGUAUGUAUGGUCGCUAUACGAAGGACCUUGGUGAAUACGCAAAAGAAGAGGCAAGAAGACUCAAAUAUCAUGAUAAGGCAAGAAAGAAGUACGACAAAACGAGGGCCGAAGAUCUUCGAAAAUCUCGAAGAGGUCCAUUGUGUAGAAAACUCUUGGCCUUGCUUGCCUUCGCUUGGAAACACACAGGAGCUAGAUUGGGCGAAGAUUGGGUAUUUCUAGCGCUUUUGGGUGUUAUCAUGGCACUCAUAAGUUAUGCCAUGGAUCGUGGGAUUUCAAUGUGCAACAACGCUAGAAUAUGGCUCUAUCAAGAUCUGACGUCUCAUCCGGCGCUUCAGUAUCUCGCUUGGGUGUCAUUGCCCGUUUGUCUGAUUUUAUUCAGUGCUGGUUUUGUACAUAUCGUGGCACCACAGAGUAUAGGCUCUGGUAUACCAGAAAUGAAGACGAUUUUAAGAGGUGUAGCUUUGAAGGAGUAUUUAACUUUCCGGACUUUAAUAGCAAAGGUGAUCGGUUUAACAGCCACUUUGGGCUCAGGCUUGCCACUUGGUAAGGAAGGUCCAUUUGUCCAUAUCGCCAGUAUCGUUGCGACUCUGCUAUCAAAAUUAGUCACCAGUUUUCAAGGCAUUUAUGAAAAUGAAAGUAGAAAUUGUGAAAUGUUGGCUGCAGCCUGUGCGGUUGGUGUCGCAUCAUGUUUUGCAGCACCCAUCGGUGGUGUCCUCUUCAGCAUCGAAGUCACCACAGUUUACUUCGCAGUACGGAAUUAUUGGCGUGGUUUCUUCGCUGCCGUUUGUGGUGCCACGAUGUUUCGACUCCUGGCUAUAUGGUUUCAAAGAGAAGAAACUAUCACGGCCAUGUUCGUCACUAAUUUUACCAUGGACUUCCCGUUCGAUCCUUAUGAACUUUUUGUGUUCGCUCUUAUUGGUGUUGGAAGCGGUUUGAGUGGUGCAUUUUAUGUAUGGUUGCAUCGACAAUAUGUUAUAUUUAUGAGAAAAAAUAAGAGUAUGAACAGUUUCCUUCAGAAAAAUCGCUUUUUAUAUCCUGGUAUCGUAUCCCUUCUGGUAUCAUCAGUAUCCUUCCCAUUGGGAUUAGGUCAGUUCAUGGCAGGGGAUUUGAAUACUCACGAUCAAGUAUUUGGGCUUUUCACAAAUUUCACGUGGACGAAGGAUAACUUGGGCGUCGAAGAAAACAACAUAGUCAAGCAUUGGUCGACCCCAUACACCGACGUCUUUAUCGGUCUCCUGAGCUACGUUCUCUUCACUUUCAUCUUUUCCAUCAUAAGUUCGACAGUGCCUGUACCGUCUGGCAUUUUCAUCCCGGUUUUCAAAAUCGGUGCAGCACUUGGAAGAACCGUUGGCGAGGCUAUGGCUCUUUGGUUUCCACAUGGUGUUCGAUAUGGUGGAAUUAUCACUCCCAUCAUACCAGGUGGUUAUGCUACUGUAGGAGCAGCUGCUUUUUCUGGUGCCGUAACACAUACCAUAUCCGUAAGCGUUAUCAUUUUCGAAAUGACAGGACAAAUCACUCAUAUAGUACCAAUAAUGAUAGCAGUUUUAAUCAGUAAUGCGAUCGCCGCACUUUUACAACCAAGCAUAUACGAUAGCAUUAUACUUAUCAAAAAGUUACCUUAUCUACCGGAUCUUCUGCCGUCGAGUUCAGGUAUGUAUAAUGUUUACGUCGAAGACUUCAUGGUUCGUGACGUGAAAUACAUUUGGCACGGCAUCACUUAUCAAAGACUCAAAGAGAUACUUAAGGAGAAUCGUAAACUUCGUGGCUUUCCACUGGUAGAUAAUCCAGAAUCAAUGAUACUAUUGGGUUCAAUUCAAAGGCUUGAAUUGAUCAAAUUAAUAGAAAAACAUAUUGGACGUGAAAGGAGAUUACAAGUCGCACAAAAAUGGCACAAAGAAGCAGAGGAAAGAGCAAGAGAAGAGAUGGAACGUCAAUUGAGAGAACAAGAAAAAACAAGGAGACCUUCCAGAUUUGAAGUUAUCCCAGCUCCAGACAUUCUUAAAAUGCAAAGGCAAAGUGUUAAUGAUCUAACGAUGUCGGCAAAUAACGGUGGUGGGCCGGAUCAUCAUACGUACCAUUCACCGGUCUUCGGGACCCAACCAAAGAAAUCUAUUUUAAAGAAAACCAAUUCCUUUACUUUGAAAGGAUUUAGUCCACUAGUCAGCCCAGCUGUUACACCGUAUACAACGGUUACUGGAGCAGAAAGCAGAAUACGUCUAGCCUUUGAAGCGAUUUUCCGAAAAUCGGCAACUUUGCAGGAUGUUGAUCCAGAUCCAGAAAUGGGUACUGCUACCAGACGUGAAAGUCAAGAUUGCAUAGAUGCUCAGGCACAUCAACCUAUGCUUUCUUCUAGUCCAGCUACAUCGAAAAAAGUACAAUUGCCAAGGGAGAGAGUAAUCGAUAUGUCAGCUGAGGAUCAGAAAAGAUGGGAAGAAAGUGAGAUGGCUCUCGAAGUAGACUUUUCCAGAUGUCAUAUAGAUCCAGCACCGUUCCAGCUUGUAGAAAGAACAUCUUUGCUAAAAGUUCAUAGUCUUUUUAGCAUGGUUGGUGUAAACCAUGCUUAUGUGACAGCUAUUGGAAGGUUGGUCGGAGUAGUGGCAUUAAAAGAGUUGAGGAAAGCUAUAGAAGACGCUAACGCAGGAAUUUUGCCGAUGCACGCAGAAUCGCAUGUCGAUGUGUCAAAUUCCAGUUUAGUGAAGAGUGAAACUGAUGGAGAAAAUAAAAACGUCAGUGCAAUGAACUCCGUUGUUUCGAUUGAAAAUGAAAAAGUUGAAAAAGUCUGAGAGAGAGAGAGAGAGAGAGAGAGAGACGCGAAUGAACAGAAAAGUAAAGAAAGAAAAGAAAACAAAAAGAAAAAAAUAUGAAACAACAAAUGUGAUAGUCACGUUGCACGCCGUUGGUAGCGUGACCUGGAAGAUGCACUUGCAAGAUGCGCCUCUUUUACCUGUUACCCACAUUAUUCUUUUUUCUUUUUUUUUUAAGAUCUUAUAUCUUCCUAUGGUACAUGUAUAAGCAACAAGUUCUUCAUCGCAUAAUGACAGUAACUUGCAAAUAUUCCUCUCGUACUUAAGUUUGAGGCGUACAAAACAGUUACUGAUAUAUAUAUACAUAUACAUAUACAUAUAUAUAUAUAUAUAUAUAUAUAUAUAUAUAUAUAUAUACAUAUAUACAUAUAUACAUAUAUACAUAUAGAAAUGAGAUUCUUUAAGUAUUACAUACUUUGAUUUGGGCAUUAAUUUUUAAUCAUAAUAUUUUUCUAAUUGAAGCAUACAUUACAUAUUCUUCAGUAAUCUAAACGAACCAAAUAGUUUUUGGUUUCUAUCGCUUGAUAUCUCUAAUUUGUACGUAGGGCUCGUCAUAUUGGAAAAUUCUAUCCAAUUAUCUAUACAUAUCUAUAUAUACAUAAAUAUAGAAAUAUAUAUAUAUAUAUAUAUAUAUAUAUAUAUUAUUAACAAAAAAUUUUGAAAUGACAAAUUUAUUUUAAUGAGUACGUUUGAAAGAUCACGAUAACAUAUUUUUGGUCCUCUAUUGAUAUAAGUGAAUGUAGCGUAAUAUAAAUAUAUGUAAACAUAUACGCGUUAUAUAUAUAUAUAGGUAUAUCAAAAUGCAUAAGCAUGAGUGAGAAUCCAAAUGAUUCGCGAUGCAAACAAGAAAAUCAAAACUGGAAAAAAACCGAAAAAAAUUGUGAACGUUGAUUAUAAAUAUAAUUCAUUGUUAAAAAGGAAUAUAUAAGAAAUAAUUUCAAAGUGAUACAUCAUCAAUGAUUCUAAGCAAGGCUUCAUGCUCAAUAUUGUAUCGUGAAUCACGAUUUCCUUAUUAUUAUAGGUAGGAUAUAAUUUAUAUAAUAAUGUAUUUUUUUAUUUAAUAUAAAAACGGAUAAAGUGAUUCAAAGUGCCAAAGGCAGAUGAUUGUAUCCUACUCUGUGAAGAAAGAAAGAAAGAAAGAAAGAAAGAAAGAAAGAUGGAAAGACGGAAAGAAA